AUUUUGGUCCGGAGAUUACAUGUUCAAAGUUGAUUCUGAGAAGCAAAAUAUAAAUCACAAGACCAAGUAAAAUAAGCAACAAGAGGACAAGAACAUUAGCAGAGGGAAAUGGAGAACAUGAAUGGAGCAGAAGUUUGCAUGCACGUUUGCGUCUCUUUUGCUCAACUGAAAUCCAUAUGUAAUGCUGUGCCCUGGCAAGAUGAAAGCACGGUUGACAUAAUUUAUAGCAGAAUGGAAUUCAUAGCUGCAUCUAAAGUCAACCCACUCAAAUCCAGUUGUAGAUAUUUUGCUGCAUCCUAAAGCUGGAUAAAGUAUUUCUGACUGAUUCAACAUGGACUUCCUCCUAAAACCUUGCUGCAGAUGCAUUCAGAACUGAGAUUGGGUGAGGAGCAGUUUGGUUCUUCUACAGGAGGAACAGAGUCUGCAAGUGCCAAUUCCUUUCUUCACAGAUUGCCAGUAUCAACCCUUUCAGCAUAAAUAAAUUGAAUGUCUAGAUAUGUCAUCAGUUGCUACUGAGGAUGCUGAGCAUAAUAAUUCCAUGGAGCUGGGAAGCCCUCCCCAUGUCACCUCUCCUCCUAUUUCAGAGUCAAAGCAAGCAGGAAAUACUCCUCCAAGUAGAUCUGAUUUCCUACUGUCUUUGUCGACUAAAGUCGAUAUCGCAACAGAGCUUGUCGCAAAAUGCAGCAAUGGAGCUCAGGCAGUCCCGGAUGAUGAGGUCAAGAGCUUCAUCAAACAGCUUGAGGGAGUGAUCAGAAGCAUGGCAGAUGACCUUAGAGACAUACCACUGUCCAUGGAAUCACUCUCGGGAGAGAUGAUACAUGUUGGCCUACAGAUAAAUGGGCAAUGUGACACAGAUCAAAACAAGCUGGAAAAUGCAUCCACACCAAGAAUGGAAAUGAGGGAAGGGACAAGUUCGGUUUCAGAAUCUCAAAGGGAGAACAAAAGUGGUGAUAUGCCCCCUAUGGCAAAUUAUCUUCUAGGGAUGUAUGAUGGCACACAGAGAAAUGAUCGCCAAUCCUCCAACAUUCUUCCACAAUUAGCAGACACUCUGCAACCUGCAUACCAGAGCUUCUUCUGUCCAUUAACCAAGAAAAUAAUGGAUGAUCCUGUCACCAUAGAAAGUGGGCUAACCUAUGAUAGAGAAGCUAUAGCUGAGUGGUUUGAGAGGUCCAUAGAUGUUUCAGAAAACAUAGUUUGUCCAGUCACAAGGAUGGAUGUAAAGGAAGCAGCUUUAAGCAGCAAUGUAGCAUUGAGGAACACCAUAAAAGAGUGGAAGGAAAGAAAUGAGGCAACAAGGAUAAGGAUUGCCAGCAGUGCCUUAUCAUUAGCUACUUCAGAAGCCAUGAUUUUGGAUGGAAUAAAAGAGCUGCAAUUUCUGAGUCAAAGCAGAAGAUUCAACAAGGAGCAGAUGCACACCAUAGGAAUCACAGGGCUACUCACACAGUUUCUGCAGCAUGAGAGCAUGACCGUGCGCUGUGAGGCGUUGGAACUUCUACGUGUACUAGCUGAGGAUGAAGAUGGAAAGGUUAUCAUUGCGAGGACAAGAGCCCUCACAAGAACAAUCAAGAUGAUGUCUAGCUAUAGUUCUCCAGAAAGGCAUGCAGCUGUUUCAUUCUUAUUAGAACUCUCAAAAUCCGAACUGUUCUUGGAGAAAAUUGGGCGCACUCCCGGAGGUAUUCUUAUUCUCAUCACGAUGAAAUAUAACAAGGAUGCUGAUCCUUUCGCAGCAGAAAGAGCAGAGGAAGCUCUGAAGAACUUGGAGAAAUUGCCAAAGAACAUCAAAUGCAUGGCAGAAAAUGGUUUUGUGGAACCCCUUUUGGACCAUCUCAUUGACGGUACAGAGGAGGUGCAAACGGAGAUGGUGAGCUACCUCGGAGAGAUAGUUCUUGAGCAUGACAUGAAAACUUAUGUUGCAGAGAGAGCCUCCAAUGCUCUGAUCAAGAUGGUCAAUGGCGGGAGCUCUGUUAUCAGGAAGGAAGCAUUUAGAGCUCUGGUUCAGAUUUCAUCCCACCCCCCGAACAGCAAGAUGCUUUUAGAUGCAGGCAUUGUCCCGAUCAUGAUCGAAGAGAUAUUUGCUCGCAGAAUCCAGAACGAGCCCUUGGAAUCCAAGGAAGAGGCUGCUGCAAUCCUUGCCAAUAUCCUCGAAUCAGAUCUUGACAUGGAAAAGAUACAGGUGAACAAGCAUGGCCACACCAUCACCUCGCACUACUCCAUCUACAACAUCGUCCACCUGCUGAAGUACUCCACGCAGCAAGAACUGAACGUGAACAUCGUCAAGAUCUUGCUUUUCCUGACCAAACUCCCAAAACCUCUGGCCACAGUCGUUUCAGUGAUCAAGGAGAUCGAGGUACACCAGGGCAUCAUCGAGUUCCUCAAUUCUCCAAUGGAAGAACUCGCUACUGUCGCUGCCAAGAUGCUCAUCGUUCUUGCAUCCCAUAUGGGCCACACGAUCGCAGCCGGCCUCUGCAAGAUUCAGGGACAGCCGGAGGGCCUCGUCAAGAACUACGACACCGAUCGGAUGACAGAGAGGCAAGCAGUGUCGGUGAAUCUGAUCGCGAAGAUCCCGCACCAGAACGCACCACUCAAUCUAGCUCUCCUCCAUCAAGGCACAGUGCCCAUCAUCCUUAGCAGGAUACAAGAGAUCCUGCGAGGCGAGGUAAGAGCCACCGGCUCCAGGUACACAGGCUACUACCUCGAGGGUCUGGUUGGCGUUCUUGUGAGGUUCACUACCAGUCUGUUCGAUCAGGAGAUCCUAUACAUGGCUCUCUCUCGGAACUUGACAUCGGUGUUCACGGAUCUGCUGGUGAGGACAGGGGGAAGCAGUGAAGUCCAGAGGUUAGCAGCAGUUGGGCUUCAGAACCUCUCUUCCCAGUCUGCAAGACUGUCAAGGCCGCCCGCAGACAUCAAGAAGUCCACCAAGAUGAGCUUCUUCGCCAAAUCCGUUUCAGGGUCGCAGAGAGAUGGGAGGAUGACGCUGCUGUGCUGCCCAACGCACAGGGGUGUCUGCUCCUCGUCCACCACCUUCUGUUUACUGGAGUCGAGGGCUGCGGAGAGGCUGCUGGGUUGCCUGGAAAGCGAGAGUCCAGAGGUUGUGGAGGCAGCACUGUCGGCAAUCAUUACACUGUUGGAUGACGGUGUGGACGCGGAGGGAAGCGUGAGGGCACUGAGUGAGCUCGGUGCAGUGAGGAGCGUGUUGGGGGUGUUGAAGGUGCACAGGGAGGAAGGGGUGCUGCAGAGAGCUCUAUGGUUGGUGGAGCGGUUCCUGGAGAAGGGAGGGGAUAAGUUAUCCAGGGAAGUCUCCCAUGACAAGGUACUGACCACUGUGCUGGUAUCUGCUUUCCAUAGAGGAGAUGGCAACACCAAGAAGAUGGCUGAGAACAUACUGAGGCAUCUGCAUAGGAUCCUUAAUUUCUCUACUAAUAGUUUUGUUAUGUGAGAUCUAUGUACAAUUUACACAUGAAAACUUGAUAUAUUGUGAUUGGGAAGAGAGACAUAUGUCUUGUUCGAUAUGUUUGACUCCACCAAGAUGAUGUGAAGAGAUGAAAGAAUGGGUGGUUUGCUCUUAGCUUCCCUGUAACGGUGGAAGAAGACUUUUGUGA